GUAUAAAAAAAAAUAUAUAUGCAUUAAAAAUAUUUAAAGAUAUUAAUAUAUAUACAUGUAUAUAAAGUAUCUAAAGAUACUAAUAAGCCUGUUAUAAAAUAAAAAUUUUAUAAUGGUUUUUAAUAAAGGUAGCUAUUAUAUUUAUUAGGAUAUAUUUAUUAAGUAUAACUUCUAUAAAUAAUACAGAAAUAAUACAUAAAUAAGUGAAGAAUAUUUUUUUUUAACAAAAAUAAGUAAAUAAUACGCAUAGAGCAAAUAUAUUAAUAGUGAAGCUUUUCUUUAAAUUUAAAGGUGUUUAUAUAAUAGGUGCUGAAAAGAUCAGAAUAAAUAAUACAUAAAUAAAGAGUCUAAUUUUUUAUAUAAGCAACUUUAGAUACUGAAAGCAGCCAAGUUCGAAUUAAAAACCUGGACUGAUGUAAAUAAAGUAAGUUCUAAUAAAAAUAUGAACUGAUAUAUAGCUAGAUAUAGGUUUGAUAGGUGGUAACUGUCCUAGCAAAAAAUAACAAGUUUAUGUUAAAACAUACGCGAUAUAUGAAUAAUGAACUGGGAUUCAUAUAUUACUAACAGUUUACAAAUCAUCACCAUGUUUUUUAAUAGUAUACUAUGAAAAAUUGAUUUUUAUCUAUAAUGAAUAAAAAAUUUUUUAUUAAUUUAGGUUUUACAGUUUUAUUUACAAUUACACUAAGGGCAUUUUACUAUCAUGUUUUACAUAUUACUUCAUCGUUAUUAGAGCCGUUUAGUUGGGAAUUUAUAUCUUUUUUUAGUAUACUAAGUUUAUUUAAAUGUUUAAUUUAUCAUUAUUCAGAAAUGGGAAUUAAACAAGAUCAUAUAAUGCUAAUGGAGAAUAGUAACGGUUUAGGGAAUCAAGGUAACGCAGUGAAUAAUAACGGUUUAGCUAACCAAGGAAAUGGAAUAAAUAAUAACGGUUUAGCUAAUCAAGGUAACGCAGUGAAUAAUAACGGUUUAGGUAAUAUUCCUGAGGAUAUCGCUUAUACUGAUGGUUUCUCAAGUACACAAGAAACUGCAUAAUCAACCUUACGCCACUAAUUUAGCCAAUAGAAUGGAAUUGCUUAGAAAUAGGGAUUAUCAUUCUCAAAACAGCGAGACAUUAUCUCCACAAGACAAUCAAUACAUACGUGUUAUGAAUAGACCUGAUUAA